AAGUAAAAUUGUGGAAACUUCAUUAACUAAUGUUGGAAUUAGCAGUAGUAUUCAAUUCACAAGUUGGAAUAUUACACAAAGAUAGAUGUGUAUGUAUCAUAUAUAUACAUAUAGAGAGAGAGGAAGGACCUUUGACUGAAGCCUGCAACGACCCUCAAACACCCCACCUCCAUUCUCUUGACACACCCUCUCCCCCUUUUUCUCUUUGAUUCUCAAUCUCUCUCUCAAAAUUCCAUCUAUUCCCAGCAAGAAAGAUUGCACCUUUCCAAGAAAUUCUUGAAAAGAUUCAAUCUUUAUGUUAUUCACUUGCUUAUCUUCGAGUUGGGCCUUUUGGGUUGUUGAGCUUUUGACUUUCUUGUAGAUUCAUUUUUCUUUAUUCUAGAAUUGACCCACUUAAUAAUCUCUUCUGGGGUUGUGAUUAGUUUUGUAACUAGGUGAAUUGUGUGUGUUGCUCUUCUUGUAUAUAUGAGCAGUUGAAGCAGAAUCUUGAUUUUCUUGACGGGUUAUGGAUCGAUUUGUAAUUUGGAGUUUUGGUGCUUUCUGCUUGGUUCUUGUGUUAAAUCAGUUUUUAAGUGUUUCUGGCAAUGCUGAAGGCGAUGCUUUGAAUGCACUGAAGAACAAUUUAGAAGAUCCUAACAAUGUUCUGCAAAGUUGGGAUGCAACCCUUGUGAAUCCCUGUACUUGGUUUCAUGUUACUUGUAACAAUGAAAAUAGUGUUACUAGAGUCGACCUUGGAAAUGCAAACCUAUCUGGUCAGUUGGUUACGCAGCUUGGUCAGCUACCAAAUUUACAAUACCUGGAACUUUAUAGUAACAACAUAAGUGGAAGAGUUCCUAAUGAGCUGGGGAACUUGACAAACUUGGUCAGCUUGGAUCUUUACCUAAACAAAUUGAAUGGUCCAAUUCCAGACACUUUGAAGAAGCUUCAGAAACUGCGUUUCCUGAGGCUGAAUAACAACACUUUGACAGGAACUAUUCCUUUUUCUUUGACUACAAUCGGAUCACUGCAAGUCCUUGAUCUUUCGAACAAUCGUUUAACAGGACCAGUUCCAGUAAAUGGAUCUUUCACCCUUUUCACUCCCAUCAGUUUUAGCGGUAAUCUACUAGAUGCUCUUCCAGUUUCUCCACCACCCCCACUUCCUCCAUCCCCUCCAUCUUCCAAAGCUGUCAACAGUGCAACUGGAGCUAUUGCCGGUGGAGUUGCUGCCGGUGCUGCACUGCUCUUUGCUGGUCCUGCAAUUGCACUUGCUUGGUGGCGGAAAAAGAAGCCACAGGAUCAUUUCUUUGAUGUACCAGCUGAAGAAGAUCCGGAAGUUCAUUUAGGACAACUUAAGCGGUUCUCUUUGCGUGAGCUGCAAGUUGCGACAGAUAAUUUUAGUAACAAAAAUAUUCUGGGUAGAGGUGGUUUUGGAAAAGUUUACAAAGGUCGUUUGGCUGAUGGUACGCUGGUGGCUGUAAAAAGGCUUAAGGAGGAACGGACCCAAGGAGGGGAAUUGCAGUUUCAAACGGAAGUUGAAAUGAUUAGCAUGGCUGUGCACCGCAAUCUACUUCGUUUGCGAGGCUUUUGUAUGACACCAACUGAGCGUUUGCUUGUUUAUCCAUAUAUGUCCAACGGAAGUGUUGCAUCGUGUUUAAGAGAAAGAAGCGAGUCACAGCUUCCACUAGAAUGGCGAAUACGACAAAGAAUCGCACUUGGAUCUGCAAGGGGACUUGCUUAUCUACAUGAUCAUUGUGACCCUAAGAUCAUUCACCGUGAUGUCAAAGCUGCAAAUAUAUUAUUGGAUGAAGAGUUUGAAGCAGUUGUCGGGGAUUUUGGGCUGGCUAAGCUCAUGGACUACAAGGAUACUCAUGUCACUACUGCUGUACGUGGAACUAUCGGCCAUAUAGCACCCGAGUACCUAUCCACAGGAAAGUCUUCGGAAAAAACUGAUUGUUUUGGCUAUGGGGUCAUGCUUCUUGAGCUCAUCACUGGUCAAAGGGCUUUUGAUCUUGCCAGGCUUGCGAAUGAUGACGAUGUGAUGUUGCUCGAUUGGGUGAAAGGACUUCUGAAAGACAAGAAGCUGGAAUCGUUGGUUGACGUAGAUCUUCAGGGUAACUAUGUUGAUGAACAGGUGGAAGAGUUAAUUCAAGUAGCUUUGCUCUGCACACAAAAUUCCCCAACUGAGCGUCCCAAAAUGUCAGAAGUCGUCAGAAUGCUUGAAGGUGAUGGCUUGGCUGAAAGGUGGGAAGAAUGGCAAAAGGAAGAGAUGUUCCGUCAAGACUACAGUAAUGCACAUAAUCAACAUAAUGAUUGGAUGAUUCCCGAUUCCAUUCACAACCUUCAGCCUGAUGAAUUAUCUAACCCAAGAUAAUCCCUUGAGGUCGCAUAUACAUAUAGAUUUCGUUGCAACAAUUGCUUGUUGUAUUGUAGUUUAUAUUUGUUAUCUUUGUGCAUAUAAUAUUUUUCUUUUUCAAUUUUUUUCUUUUUGUAUCUUUUUUCCUCGCAAACUACCAACUGUAUGUUGUAUCACAAGAGUUUUGUUUAUGUUGUAGCCUUUGUAGGCUUUGUGGUGACUUUGUAAAAGUUCAAGUGCACGGUAGAGCCUAGAAAGAACUGAUGUGGAAAGGUCAGGUGCAAGUGAGAACCUUGUAUUGUAUUGUUAUGUCCAAGAUGGUGAAAAAUUUGUUACAAAUGAUAAUAAAUGUAUGUGACAAAUUGAGCAACACUAGGUUGAUUUUAGAGCUCAUUAUCUUGGGAUAUUAUUGUCUUUAGCUUUGUUUCCUUGAUGGAGCCUUAUAAUAGUAUGUUUUGAUA